UUUCCCUUCCUUGACAAUUCCCAGUGCCACCACCUUCACUUCCAUCUCCAUGGAUCCACCACCACCACCUCCAACCUACACCCUCACCGCCACCUCAAUCUCCUACUCCAAAUCCCCCUCCACCUUCCUCUUCAAGCCCUGCUCCUCCACCCCCCCAACCAGCAUCCUCACCAACGUCUCCCUCUCCGCCUUCCCCUCCCAAAUCCUCGCCAUCGUCGGCCCCAGCGGCGCCGGCAAAUCCACCCUCCUCGACAUCCUCUCCGCCCGCACUUCCCCCACCUCCGGCUCCCUCCUCCUCAAUUCCAUCCCUAUCAACCCCUCCUCCUUCCGCAAGCUCUCCGCCUACGUCCCCCAGCACGACGCCUGCCUCCCCCUCCUCACCGUCGCCGAGACCUUCGCCUUCUCCGCCGCCCUCCUCAACCCCGAAUGCAUCGUCUCCGCCCUCCUCCGCGACCUCCGCCUCUCCCACCUCUCCCACGUCCGCCUCGCCCACGGCCUCUCCGGCGGCGAGCGCCGCCGCGUCUCCAUCGGCCUCAGCCUCUUGCACGACCCCGCCGUCCUCCUCCUCGACGAGCCUACCUCCGGCCUCGACAGCGCCUCCGCCCUCUCCGUCAUGCAAACGCUCAGAUCCGUCACCGACACGCGCCGCCGCACCGUCGUCCUCUCCAUCCACCAGCCUAGCUUCAAAAUCCUCUCCACCAUCGACCGAUUCCUCCUCCUCCGCAGCGGCGCCGUCGUCCACCACGGCGACGUCUCCUCCCUCGAAUCCUUCCUCCUCUCCAACGGCUUCACCGUCCCCCCUCAGCUCAAUCCCCUCGAAUUCGCCAUGGAAAUCCUCUCCGACCUCCAACCACCGGAUUCUCAAUCGGAGCAGGAGCCGGAAAAAUCAAUUGAAUCCAUCUCUCCUCCUCCAAUUGAACACAAAAUCAGAUCUGGAAGCUCGAGAAUCCACGAAAUCACACUCCUAUCCUUCCGAUUCUGGAAAAUCAUUUACAGAACCAAGCAAUUGCUCGUCACCAACACACUGCAAGCCCUAGGAGUCGGAAUGGUGCUCGGCACGAUCUACAUCAACAUCGGAUUAGACAAAUCGGGGAUCGAGAAGCGAUUAGGCCUCUUCGCCUUCACACUCACCUUCCUCCUCUCCUCCACCACCGAAACCCUCCCGAUCUUCAUCAACGAGCGCCCAAUCCUCCUCCGCGAAGCCUCCAGCGGCGUCUACCGCCUCUCCUCCUACCUAAUCGCCAACACGCUCGUCUUCAUCCCCUACCUCCUCGCCAUCGCAAUCGUCUACUCCGCCUCCGUCUACUUCCUAGUCGGCCUCUGCCUCACCUGGCAGGCUUUCGCCUUCUUCGUCUUAGUCAUCUGGACCAUCGUCCUCAUGGCCAACUCCUUCGUGCUCUUCCUCAGCUCCGUGGCGCCUAAUUACAUCGCAGGGACGUCGCUGCUGACGCUGCUGCUCGCCGGAUUCUUCCUCUUCUCCGGCUACUUCAUCUCCAGCGACAGGCUGCCCAAAUUCUGGGCGUUCAUGCAUUUCCUGUCCAUGUAUAAGUACGCGCUGGACGCGCUGCUGAUCAACGAGUACUCGUGCCUCGCGACGACGUGCUUGAUCUGGUACGACCAAGGGAGCAAGGCGUGCAUGAUCAACGGCGGGGAUUUCUUGGAGAAGAGAGGGCUGGAGGAAGGGCAGCGGUGGCGGAAUGUGUAUGUGAUGAUCGGAUUCUUCGUGGCUUAUCGAAUCCUCUGCUUGAUGGUUUUGAUCAGAAGGGUUUCCAGAUCCAAGAAAUGAAUAUCUUCUCUUGUUUUUACGUGUUUGUUCAGAAUAAAAUUCAACUGUGAUUAAUUAUUUAUGUAUGCAUGCAAAUAUGCAAUGCAUUA